UGAUCGUUGUUUGAAUUUCUUACAAAGGCUGAAGAUAAUGAUUGAUGUCGCAUCAGCAUUGAAAUACCUUCAUUAUGGUUACUCAGCAGUUAUUGUUCAUUGUGACUUGAAGCCAAGCAAUGUCUUAUUAGAUGUGGAUAUGGUUGCACAUGUUGCUAAUUUUGGCAUCGCCAAACUCUUAGGUGAUGCGGAUUCUACGAUGCAGACCAUGACUCUUGCUACUUUGCGGUAUAUGGCACCAGAGUGUGGAUUAGGAGGAGUUGUUUCUACAGAAGGAGAUGUGUAUAGUUAUGGCAUUCUACUCAUUGAGACUUUUACAAGAAAAAAACCUACAGAUGACAUGUUUGUAGGAGAAAUGAGCUUGAAGCAUUGGGUAAAUGAAGCAUUGCCUAUUUCAACGAUUGAUAUUGUUGAUGCCAAGUUGUUGGGAAACAAAAGAUAUUCUAUUGCCUUGGAGGAGUACAUAUCUUCAAUUAUGAGAUUGGCUUUAGAUUGUUGUGCAGAGUUGCCUGAACAAAGAACUAACAUGAAAAUUGUUUUAGCCACAUUAAAGAAGAUCAAGACAAAGUCUUUAAGAGAUGUCGAAGGACACUGACA